AUGGAAGUAUGGGAGACACUCCUCCCAGGAAUUACAAAGUGUACACCGCUCUCGUUCUACGGUGCUUUGGCAAUGCACAUCGCCGCCAACGGUACACCCGGAGACAAAGUGACAGAGGUUGCUUUGACAAAGGUUAUUGACAUGCUACUCUCUUCGACUUCGAACGAAAUGCCAUAUGUACUGAGCAACGUCACCAAUGCAUUGGCAUCGGGCUAUCCAGAGCAAGUCGUACGUGUUAUCCAACCUCUGAAACACAUCGAUGCGAAAAUCUACGAAAAACUCAAAGAGCUUGAGAAAACAAACGAACAGAUUUCAUUGCAACUAAAGAAUAUCAGCGUUUCUCAUGUGAAAAAUGUUGGUAUCAACGAAAAAGCAAUGAAAAUCAUCAAUGGAUUAUUCGAUGAAUACAAUAACGUUUCAAAAAAACAAAAAGAAAAGAAAGAUAAUCUAAACUAA